GUGAAAACUAAAUAAUUAAUAUUCGUAGUGAUAACUAUGUACAAGAGAGUACAGUUUGAGUUCUGUAGUUGAGACAUCCCUCCACACUUGUGAUGACUGGCUUGUAGGGUGUGAGCUUUGGUGGAGAAGUUGUAUGGAUUGAAGAGAGAGGUCAGAGAGGGUAACCUAUUAAACAAGAAAGAGAUCGUAGUCAGCAAUCCUCUAUUCACAGACAUGCCUCCUCUCAAUGUUCUUGGGAGUGACCUUAACGAUGAAAAUUCGGAUAAACAAGAGCUUAAUAAUAAAUUGGAGAGAAAAGGAACAGAAAUCAGCUUCAUUUCACCCCAAGGCUCAGAUAUUGACGAAAGUCAGGGAAUUGAAAUCAACUUCGGAGAAUUGGUAGAGAAUUUAAUAAAAAAUGAACCGACAGGGGGAAAUUUUUCAGAUUCUAAUACUUUUUAUAUAAGCAUAGCUGAUUGCAUUUAUGAUGUAAAUCGCAAAGGAGAACUACUUUCAAAAAUUCAUAAGUUCCUUCCUUUCACGACUCAAGGAGUUAGCAUAAUUUCAGACAAAAUGCUGGGAGUUGUCUGAGUUGGAGGUUCAUCAGAAAAGUACAGUAAUGAUAUAUAUGAUAUAUGAUUGAAGGUGAGCAGUUCUGGUACAAUAACUACUCUUCCGGGAUUAAACACAAAGAGAGCCAAUUCAUCUUUACUUUUUAUAACAAGUGAUGGAGAUAAAUACCUUAUUGCAGUUGGAGGAAGUACCUCAGAUGUUGAAGUAACAGAUACGACAGAAAUCAUCUCUUAUAAAGAUAUUGUUGAACAGAAAUCAUAUUUUGACAGAGACUACAUUGAAGAAGAUAUGGAUAGCUUUCUUUCAUGAAAAUGGAAAUAUGGCCCAAAACUAAAUGAACCUAGAGCUUCUACCUCUCUGUGAGAAAUAAAUAGAACCCUGUAUUGUUUUGGAGGAGAGAACCCUAAAAUUGGAACUCCUUGCAUUGCGUCAAUAGAAAGACUCUAUCUGGACGAGCUCAUUGUUCAAAAAUACUGGGAAAUUCUUGAAAUAUCCCUUCCUAUAUCGCUAUCAAAUUGAUUAGCACUCCCUCUCUCAGAAUUCGGUGAAAAUUUCUUAAUUUUAGGAGGAUGGGAUAAGACUGAGAAGAAUGAUAUCCAUUACAUUGAAAUCCAGGAGAGCAUAUCCCAAACCUUAGAUACCACUCUCUCAAAGGCCGACAUAUUCACCACGAACACAGUUAUAAUCGCUGAUGGUUACCUAACCAUACCUGGGCUGCAUUGCCUGCACAAGAUAAGUGUAUUAGGAACAACCUUUUCUAAUUACCUGAGCUAAAACAUUUUUGUGUAAUUCAAUAGA